CGGGGAAGGUGGAGGGGCGGGAGGGGGAGGGGCGCAGGAGACCAAGCGCCCAGCCCCGCCGCGGACCAUGGUGCAGCAGGCCGAGAGCUCGGAAGCCGACAGCAACCUGCCCCGGGACGCGCUGGACACCGAGGAGGGCGAGUUCAUGGCGUGCAGCCCGGUGGCCCUGGACGAGAGCGACCCGGACUGGUGCAAGACGGCGUCGGGCCACAUCAAGCGGCCCAUGAACGCCUUCAUGGUGUGGUCCAAGAUCGAGCGCAGGAAGAUCAUGGAGCAGUCGCCCGACAUGCACAACGCCGAGAUCUCCAAGAGACUGGGCAAGCGCUGGAAGAUGCUGAAGGACAGCGAGAAGAUCCCGUUCAUCCGGGAGGCGGAGCGCCUGCGCCUCAAGCACAUGGCUGACUACCCCGACUACAAGUACCGGCCGCGCAAAAAGCCCAAGACGGACCCCGCGGCCAAGCCCAGCGCGGGCCAGAGCCCCGACAAGAGCACGGCGGGCGCCAAGGCGGCCAAGGGCCCGGGCAAGAAGUGCGCCAAGCUGAAGGCGCCGGCGGGCAAGGCUGGCGCGGGCAAGGCGGUGCAGCCUGGCGACUGCGGAGCAGGCAAGGCGGCCAAGUGCGUCUUCCUGGACGACGACGACGAGGAGGACGAGGACGAGGACGAGCUGCAGCUGCGGCCCAAGCCGGACGCGGACGACGACGACGACGAGCCCGCGCAUUCGCACCUGCUGCCGCCGCCGGCGCAGCAACAGCCCCCGCAGCUGCUCAGGCGCUACAGCGUGGCUAAGGUGCCAGCCAGCCCCACUCUCAGCAGCGCGGCCGAGUCCCCCGAGGGCGCGAGCCUGUACGACGAGGUGCGCGCGGGCGGCCGGCUGUACUACAGCUUCAAGAACAUCACCAAGCAGCAGCCUCCGCCCGCACCCCCCGCGCUGUCGCCCGCGUCCUCGCGCUGCGUGUCCACCUCCUCCUCCAGCGGCAGCAGCAGCGGCAGCGGCGCGGAGGACGCCGACGACCUCAUGUUCGACCUGAGCUUGAAUUUCUCCCAGGGCGCGCACAGCGCCUGCGAGCAGCCACUGGGCGCGGGUGCGGCGGGGAACCUGUCCCUGUCGCUGGUGGAUAAAGACCUGGAUUCCUUCAGCGAGGGCAGCCUGGGCUCCCACUUCGAGUUUCCCGACUACUGCACGCCGGAGCUGAGCGAGAUGAUCGCAGGGGACUGGCUGGAGGCGAACUUCUCCGACCUGGUGUUCACGUAUUGAGGGGCGCGGGGUCCCUCGGGAGGCAGUCCUGGCGGUCAGGAUGGUGGGGGGGAGGGGAGCAGAUGCUCAUGGUCAGAGAUGUGGCGCAGAGAAAUUGGAAAAGGUGAUGAAAUGUUGGUGGAGUUAAAGUGAAAUGAGUAGUUUUAAACAGAUUUUCCAGUUUUUUUUUUAAUUUUUAUUUUUAAAAAAAAUUUUGGUCUCCCCCCCACCCUUCCCUUUCUUUAUCGUGUCUCAAGGUAGUUGCAUACCUAGUGCGGAGUUGUGAUUUUCCCCACCCCUGAGAAAAACGUGUUUUGUAAUUUCUAUUUCUUUUUCCUGAAAUUCGUGAUUGCAACAAAGGCGGAGGGGACCGGGCGGGGGAGGGGAGGAGGCCCCGCUCCGGAAGGCGCUGUUUGAAGCUUGUGGCUUUUUGAAGUCUGAAAGACGUCGGCAGAGGGACCCUUUUGGCGGCACAACUGUUACUCUAGGGAGUUGAUUUUUUUCUUUUUCUUUUUUCUUUUUUUCCUUAAGAGAUCUAAAAAAGAACUGGUGAUUAAAAAACAACACACAAAAAAAGGGACCAUUGCAACCUUUUUAAUUUUAUUUUACUUUUUUGGAGGGAGAAAGCUGAUGUCUUCUAUGCAUCCAAUUUCUCAAACUGCAGGGAGCUUGAAAAAAUGCAGUCUGUACAAACGCUUACAAAAAAUUCAUAACUGUGAACUGACUUAAGAGCAGAGUUUACUUUUUCAGAUCAAAUUGUUUAUGGUUUUACAAAUGUGAUUUCUACUUGGCAACCUUUUUUUGGUAACUCGUUCCCUUAUACCUCCUUGAUUGAAUACCUUACAGCCUAGACCUCAGUACAAAAAGGUAUUGAAACAUUUUUGAUACAUAACAGACCUCAAUCUUUUUUAAAAAUUAAUAUAUUUUCAGGCGUAUUUUUGUACAGUGAAAAGGGAACAAUCUUGCUG